AUGGUGGUGUUGAACAACGCGCUCGUCUUGACGGCGGUGAUGAUUGCAAUUGUCGUUUGGAUGCUCUUUUCAUCAUCAUCAUCGUCUUCUUCUUCUCUUUCUCUCUCGUCGUCAUCGUCAUCGGCUUUUGCUUCGAACAACAACGACGAAGACGGUGGUGAUGGAUAUGCUCCUCAUACCAACACGAUGAAAGAAGAAGAAAAAGAAAGAAGAACGAGAACGAAUACGGUGUCAUCGCAAAGUCAUCAUCAGCAGCAUCCCCCUCGAGAGAAGGACACGUUUGAUGCGCACCACCACGCGCAGUUUAAAUCGAUCAACGAGGAGGCGAAAAAAUGCUCUUUAAUAGUGGCUUCGUUUUACGCCACAAAACCGGGCGGGUUUGACAGGAAAAAAGGCGAGAGGUGCAACGGGUGUCACGAACCUCCGAUGUUCAUCACCAUGGAAAGCGCGCGAAUGACUAACGGGCCUGGAACGUGCGUCGCGUUGAUUACGGACGAAGAAACGGAGAUAGAUAUGAGCAAACCGGGAAUGGAUAAAGUACAGUUGCACCGCUUCGAGGGUAUAUUGGAUCGAACGAAAAUCGGGACUGGAGCGUUAAUGUUGGAGAGAAUGAAGUUAUACAACGCUUUUAUUAAACGCGCGAGAGAUAACGACUGGAACGCGGACUUGUUGAUGGUGGAUACGGACAUUGUCUUUGUCGGAGACGUGAGCGAUUUGUUUCAGACGAGAAAUUUCGAUUACGGCGUGACGAUUCGAGAUAACAAAGCGUACCCGGUUCAAGGCGGCGUGCAGUUUGUGCCGAAAGGAAAGUACGUCGGCGCGGCCAAAUUUAGCGACCACACGUUGGAUUUAUGGAAGUCAGACUUAGAAAAAAGUGGGAAGGAGGCUGGAUUUACCGGGGACCAGGCGGCGUAUCAGAGAGGAUUGAACGUCCCGGCUUCAAAAGUACAAUCGUUAGCGAAAGGAAAGAAAGUUAUUGAUUUACCGGUCGUGUGCGGGAGCUCCGGUGCAGAGGUAGUCACCGUGCGAAUGAUACCUGGGGAUCAGUAUAAUUUUGUCCCGAGCGGGAACGGCCAAGGUUUGAAAAAGAAGGACAUUCGCAUCUUACAUUACAAAGGCGGUAAAAAAGAAGGCAUGUACGUCCCGUACAAAGCGAUGCAGAAGAAUGUGAAAGACGUGUUCAAACUGAAAAAGCUCGUCGUUUGA